UCAGUUUAUUUCUAUUUUUUGAUCUGUUCUCUUUCAGAAUGAAUAAAUUGGAUAUAAAACAGUAUUUAGAAAAAAUAUACAAAGUGCCAGUUCUUAGUGUGAGGACAGAGUUGAGAACAAAAGAUAUCAAGGCAAAUACAUUUCAUAAAGGAAAAAUUACUGAGGGCAGAGAGACUAUAUGGAGAGAAGAGGAAAAAUAUGCCUAUGUUCAACUGGUAAAAAAAGACAAGUUUGAAUACCCCGAUUUCUUUGGAGAGGGUGGCAAAACAGAGAUGACGGAGAACACUCUUAACUAUGAAGCUUAUGAGAAGGAACAAGGAAAAGUAAUAUCAGAAAACACUUCUUCCGUUGGGAUACCAUUUUGGUUUUCUGGUAGAAGGAAGCCCGAGUUCAAGAAUUUGAAACUGAAAAAAGACUGAGAAAUUUAAUGGUGUGUUUUAAAGGAAUUACAGAUGGAACAGGAUCAUUCGAAAUGUUUCUGCAGUGUAUUGACAGGGAUGAUAAUGACCAGUCUGAAAGUCUUGUCUUUUCAGACAUCCACAUCUGAAUGAUGGCGUAAGAAUGUGGUUUAAAAAAUGUGAAACACGAUUAAAGGAUAUAAUGAAAUGACAAAAGCACAUGCUGCAGAACAGAAAUUUUUGUUUAUGUAUUUGACUGACCAUUAGUGUGAUACCACUGUUUAAUUUUUGUAACUUAGAACAGAAGAGUCUGUAAGAAGGGAGACAACUCUAAAUUACUUAUUGAAUGACAGAAAGAGCAAUUGUAAGAGAAAUUUUGAAAAGUUGGCUAUUGCAUGAUAAAAACUAAAAAACAAACACAUGUCUAUAUGAGAAUACUAGUAAAUGGAAUUUAAUUGUUACAUGAAUGAUAAAUAAGUAUUUCGUUUAUAAAAUAGAUACUUGUAUUUGAAAAAUUGUAAACUGUUAAGCAAAGGUAAACAGAAAAGAACUCAUUUUUUGUGACAAAGUCUUGUUAUUAAAUAUGAUAACUUACAACAUGUGGAAUCAAGAAAACUUACAACAUGUGGAAUGAAGAAAGCUUACAACAUGUUGGAAUCAAGAAACAUAUUUGAUAGAUCAUGUUAUAUUCAAGUAAAAUCGUUAAAAUUUUUCUCAUGGCAAUUUUCCAGGUAGUACUAGUAUCUGUACAUGGAUUUAUCAUUGUCACCGGGUCUAGUCAUAGAAUUAAUAAUACAUUAAUUUUUUUAGCAGUUUGGUUAGGGAAGUCAUGAAAAGUGUGCAUGCCCGUCCCCCCAAGGAAGACAUUACAUAUUUAUAUUAUUAUAUCUGUUAAUGAUAUAAAUGAUAUUUCUGUAAUAAUCAGAAGGAUUUUAAUAUUUAUGCCACCCAUCCAAGAAGAUAUAUUAUUUUGCACAUGUUGGUUGCAUCAAUCUGAUUGACGGUAGAGCGAAUGGUUUCAGCUCAAUAACUUGAGAACCACUUUACCAAGAACAUUCACACUUGGUAGCAUUAUUGGGCUUAUAAAGUAGAUGACCCAUGUCGUUUUGGGGUAAGUAGGUCAAAAGUCAAGGUCAUAGUGAUAACAGGGUUGAAAAUUGGACAACCCAUCAUUGGGAUAUACAUGUUUUACAAACAUCUCUUGUUGAUCUACAUUUCAGUGUCUAGUCUUCAUUCAGUGGUGCCUCGUAUUUUCCCAGAAAUAAGGAUAAUAAUUUUGGCAGACUCAAGAACUUCUAUUAACCCUUACUGUGCUAACUUUAUAUAAUGAACUUGUCCAUUUUUCAAUUCGUACAGUGAAUGUUUAAAGGGGUGAUUACCAAAAAUAUACUGACUGUAUGGCGAACAUUGCAGGCCUUGAUCAGACUGCACAGAUGUGCAGGCUGAUCAUGAUCUACACUGGUCGCAAAGGUAGAAUCAACUGUGUCCAGCAUGAUAAUGUUUAACCACUAUGUGUAAAUCUUCGUCUUUCAGCAAGUUAUUAUCAAAGAGAUAUACUGAAUACUUUGAUUGCAACACAGAGGCAAGUUUUGAAUAAAAUGGUCAUCAAAAACACAAGUGACCUAAAUCCUUAAUAGGGGAGUUUCAUGAAUUGUGUCCUAAUUUUGCAAGAAUUUAUUUAAACAUGACAAAAGUUGAAAAAUGUGUUUUAUUUGAGUUUAAAGCUAUAUUUUUGUAUGCCCCUGGCAUCUACUGAUGUGGGAGGCAUAUAGUGAUCGUCCUGUCCGUUCGUCUGUUUGUCCGUCUGUGCGUACGAGGUUAACCAAAUGGGACCGUCUAGCAUCAGUACCCCUUACUAGAAUGACUUGAUACUAAUGCAGAUGUAACCUGUGACCAUUUCUCAUCUUCAGACACCAUCUGACCUCAGUUUGACCUUGAUAUCAUUUGGACUUAGGUUGCUUUAUAUUGGCCAUCUCUUGGUUAACCAAAUGGGACCGUUUCGUCUAGCAUCAAAACCCUUGACAAGAAUGAAUUGAUACUAAUACAGAUGUAAACUGUGACCAUUCCUCAUCUUCAAACAUCACCUGACCUCAGUUUGACCUUGACUUUGACCUCGUUUUGGACUUUGGUGCAAAAUCUAUCGACAAGGAUGCCACCGGGGACAUCAAGCGUUUAUUGAACGCAGCUCCUUGUUUAAGAAAAUUAUUUGUGUUAUUUACACUUUGUACUGCUCUGUGUAAAGAUUACAAUUAGAGCACAGCAUUACAUGUACAUGUAAUAUUGUUUACAUAAUGAUUGAAGAAAAUACAUGAUCCUGUGAUUUCUUGCUGAAUAAAGUCAUUUGUUAUUAUUCUGUGUAAUGGGAUAAUGUUUUGUUUAAGUGAUCAUAUACCUAUUUCUCUUCUAUAUUCAAACAUUUUUUUUCAGUGAUAAUGUUUUACAUCAUGAACCUACUGUGAAAUGAUAUCAACAUUUUGACAGCUAGUUAUGUUGACUUCAUUGCCUGAAAUUCAUGCUCAACAGUGUUCUUGUGACUGGAGAUUCCAAAAUGCUUGCAAAAAUAAACUUGAAAACAUUU